GAAAUAUCGAUGUAUAAAUGAAAAUGUUAUUAUUUACAACCACAGUUUUGCUCAUUGUGAACGUCGGAUGUAUAGACUUUCGGAUUAAAAAUAAUCUUCCAGAUACCAUCUGGGUGGGAAUUCUAGGUUAUGCUGGUCACCCACAUUUGACAAACGGUGGUUUCGAAUUGAAAUCAAACGAAGAGAGAAUACUGCAAUCGGAUGAAAAAUGGAGCGGGGAAUUCUGGGCUCGAACUGGAUGCAAUCCAAUAACCAAGAUUUGCAAAACAGGGCAUUGUGAUAAUAAAUUGGAGUGUCAAGGUAAUGAUGCUGUUGGACCCGCAACUUAUGCAAAGAUCCAUCUACGCGAAAACGAAGGAAAAGAUAAGUACAGCGUCUCCCUUAUAGAUGGAUUCAACGUGAUAACUAAAAUUGAACCUAUUGCAAGUAAAGGAAAUUGUCGAAGCACAGGUUGCAGUUUCGAUUUGAACAAGUAUUGCCCUUCUUCUUUGAGGCUAGAAGGAUCUGCCGGACAAACUGUCGGAUGUUACAGUUCUCGCUCCAAGUUGGAUAUUGACCAAUUCAUGUGUGAAGAACAAGAAAGACGUCCUCACACUUGCGACUCGGGCACCUGGAUUGCGAAUUCCGCGUCCUACUUUAAAUCGCAUUGCCCUAACGUCGUUAGCUAUAACUACGAUGAAAUCAACAACACCUUCACCUGUAUCGCUUCAGUUUACCAAAUUACCUUUGGAUAAUUGCUAAAUAUUAAUUAUAAUUUAAAAAAAAAACUAAUAUAGUACAUUCCUUGUUAAUAAAACGUCUAUUGAAACUACCAAAUCAGCACAAAUAAUGUUAA